AUGUACGCUGCAAGUGCAGCGUUUUCCUUUGGCGUCAGUUGUCCAGUCUUGCUCGCAGUCGCGCCCGAUCUGGCCGAUCUAGUCGUUAUCCCUCGCGUGGUCGUCGUGGCCUUUGCCGUUCUUGCUAUCAACUUUUGCGUGGGACUCUCGGCCGCCGUUAAUAGGAGUUCUUCAAGGAGGACUGAGGUUGCUGGAGUGCAUGUUGCAGUUGGUGCUACUGCUGCCUCUUUGGCGGCGUCUAAUUUGCUUUGUAAGGGUGUCCAGGCUGGCAUCACUGUUACCCAUCGCGAUGGGGCCAGAUGGUUCUUUAGUGAUGGAUCGACAUUUAGAGAGGCGUAUGGGCAGCAAGCAGAAGGACAUGACCGCGACGUACGAAGAAGACAGCCUGCUCCGGAUGUACUGCGUCAUAUCUCUGGCCAUUGUGCUGCGUAUAUGUCGUCGGAGUUUCUCCAAGUUCAUUGGGACUGGGGCUACGGCUGUGGCGGUGGCAGCUCCGGCUUCAAGUGCUCCCUCAAUAGGGGAGGAAUCCGUGACGUCGAUGGUAUCAAUAUCCGUAUUGCGUUGCAGUCGUCCAUGAUAUAUGCAACUGGCCUCUUGGCCUUUUACAAGCAGUUGUUCUACAAUCCACCUGCCAUACCUGAGGUCGAUUUACCUCGAACCACUCUACUUAUCUUGGGCAAGAAAGAAGGUUCGAUAUGGCGGCUGCUUCCUUGGUUAUGGUCCGUUCCCUCUGAGAGUAUAGACCAAGCCAAAGAUGCCGACGAAUCACGCCAAAAGCCCCAGGGUCGUGUCUCUAAGAAACUCCCUUCCGAGAAGGGCAGAAACUUCUCAACGGAUAAUAACUUCGCUUCCUGGGCAGACGCCACCGUCUCCCGCGCCACCCUUCAUCGAACCGCUACUCUUAAGCAUCGUGUUGAGCAAACGGCCGUAGGUGUUGUCCCAGUCAUGAAAGGACCCGUACAACUUAGCCCCCACCAGCUCGCCCCCAGCCCUUGGCCCAGUCAAAGCCAUACUUCAGACGACCAAUCUUUAGCAGACGCAUCGCCCAGGCAUGCCUCUCAACGACCUAUAGAACCAGACCAAAGGCAACCAAGGCGUCAUGAUAAGAGCAAUCUUUGA